UUUAACCGCACGUUGGCCGCGCAACGACCUGUUGUGAUCCCGUCAUGGCGCGCUACGCCCGUGUCGCUACUUUGGCCGCGUGUCUCAUAUUCGCCUGCGCGGUAGCCGAUGGUCAUCGAUGGCGGAGGCAGGCCGACGACGCGCCCAAGAAAGAUGAAAGCCUGGAGCAAGAGCUAUGCAAGGACAAGGACGCCGGCGAGUGGUUCCGGCUGUUAGCCGGCGAGGGCGACAACUGUCGCGACGUCAUCCAGUGCACUGCCUCGGGUAUCCAAGCUAUCCGUUGUCCGGCUGGUUUAUUCUUCGACAUUGAAAAACAGACUUGUGAUUGGAAAGAUGCUGUAAAGAAUUGUAGAAUAAAGAAUAAAGAGCGCAAGAUUAAGCCGCUGUUGUACACAGAAGAGCCGUUAUGUCAAGAUGGCUUGUUAGCUUGUGGGGAUUCCACAUGUAUUGAACGAGGUCUAUUCUGUAACGGCGAAAAGGACUGCGCUGAUGGAUCCGACGAAAACUCUUGCGAUAUUGACAACGACCCUAACAGGGCCCCGCCAUGCGACGCGUCACAGUGCGUGUUGCCGGACUGCUUCUGUUCUGAGGAUGGAACAGUCGUACCUGGAGACCUUCCUCCCAAAGAUGUUCCACAAAUGAUUACCAUUACUUUUGAUGACGCGAUCAACAAUAACAACAUCGAACUCUACAAAGAAAUAUUUAAUGGUAAACGUAAAAACCCGAACGGUUGUGACAUCAAGGCUACAUUCUUUGUCUCCCACAAAUAUACCAACUACUCCGCAGUACAGGAAACUCAUAGAAAGGGUCACGAAAUUGCAGUCCACUCCAUAACGCACAAUGACGAUGAACGCUUCUGGAGCAACGCAUCCGUAGACGACUGGGGCAAGGAGAUGGCAGGUAUGCGCGUCAUCAUCGAGAAAUUUUCAAACAUUACAGACAACAGCGUUGUAGGCGUACGUGCACCAUACCUGCGUGUCGGCGGCAACAACCAGUUCACCAUGAUGGAAGAACAAGCUUUCUUAUAUGACAGUACCAUUACCGCGCCACUCUCUAACCCUCCGCUGUGGCCUUACACUAUGUACUUCCGCAUGCCACAUCGUUGUCACGGCAAUUUGCAAAGCUGUCCAACCAGAAGUCAUGCCGUGUGGGAAAUGGUCAUGAACGAACUCGAUCGCCGUGAAGACCCCAGCAACGACGAGUACCUGCCCGGCUGCGCCAUGGUUGACUCCUGUUCCAACAUCCUUACCGGAGAUCAAUUCUACAACUUCCUCAAUCACAAUUUCGACAGGCAUUACGAUCAAAACAGAGCUCCUUUAGGUCUAUACUUCCAUGCAGCUUGGUUAAGAAACAAUCCUGAAUUCUUAGAAGCGUUCUUGUACUGGAUCGAUGAAAUUCUUUCAAGCCACAAUGAUGUGUACUUUGUUACAAUGACUCAAGUUAUUCAGUGGAUCCAGAACCCGCGCACUAUCACCGAAGCAAAGAACUUUGAGCCAUGGAGGGAAAAGUGUGCGGUCGAAGGUUAUCAGGCCUGCUGGGUGCCUCAUUCCUGCAAGCUCACGUCGAAGGAAGUUCCCGGAGAAACCAUUAACCUACAGACGUGCGUUAGGUGUCCUGUCAACUACCCCUGGCUCAACGACCCCACGGGAGAUGGCCGCUAUUAAACGCCGCGAUCUCGCGCUGAGCGCGCUCCAAAUUAGUUAUAUUGUAAUUGCAACGGAGGGGUUACAGGGACGAUACAUUCGUACUUGAAAGUAACAAAAAUGUACUGUUGUUUGAAAUAAGUAUUCGAUUCUAUUAGGGAUAUGUGACGAUGCAAUUAAAAUGUACUUCUAGUACAUCAGUAACCCGUCUGUAGUCUAAGUACCUACCUAAAUAAAUGUAAUAUAGACUCACAUGAAUAUUUAAUAGGUCUGUUUAAUACUUUAUGUGAUUUUUCUACUGUAAGUCUGUUAUAAAAUUAAAAAUACAAAAUAUAAAAAUUGAA